CCCAGGUUGCUAAAGGAAAGGGGUAUUGCAGAGCAGGAUGGCGAAGGGCAAGGCUCUUCUGCUCUUUCAUGGAUUUCUCCUGCUGGCUCUGUGUAGACCCUCACUUCAAGGAGGAGUCUACAUACCGGCUGCAGGAGGAGGAGGAGCCGGGCCUGGAGUAGGAGCUGGUAUUGGACCUGGUUUUGGACAAGGUGCUGGAGUUGGGCCAGGCGGAGGUCUUGGAGCUGGACUUGGUACUGGAAUUAGACCUGGGGGAGGCACUGGCACAGGAUUCGGUCCUGGAGGUCUAGGGACCGGAGCUCUUCCAGGGGGUGGUCUUGGUGCUGGUCCUGGAGGUGGACUGGGAACUGGACUGGGAGUUGGCACCAGUCCUGGAGCAGGAGUACCAGGGAGGUUUCUUGGCUACAAACCAGGGAAAACAGCCAGUCCUGGUGCAUUGGGAACCUUAUUUGGUACUGGCACUGGUGGGACAGGACUUGGAACUGGAGCAUUUGUUCCCGGAACUGGUGCAGGAGGAGUAGGACCAGGUGGUUUUGGUACAGGUCCUGGAACAGGUGGACCACUCACUGGAGGUUUUGGAACUGGUGGACUAGGCGGUGGUGGUUUGGGAACUGGAGCACUUGGAGCAGGAGCUGCUGGCAAGCCUCCAAAAACAGGGGCAGGAUAUGGUGCUCAGGGAAUUGGAACUGGUGCUCUUGGCGGUGGUGGAAUUGUGCCUGCAGGUGCAGGGCCUGCUUACGGAGGAAGGGGUGUCGGGGUUGGAAUUGGUCCAGGAGGAGUAGGUCCAGGAGGAGUUGGCCCAGGUGGAGUUGGUCCAGGAGGAGUUGGCCCAGGUGGAGUUGGCCCAGGUGGAGUUGGUCCUGGUGGAGUUGGUCCAGGAGGAGUUGGUCCAGGAGGAGUUGGCCCAGGUGGAGUUGGCCCAGGUGGAGUUGGUCCUGGUGGAGUUGGUCCAGGAGGAGUUGGUCCUGGUGGAGUUGGUCCAGGAGGAGUUGGUCCUGGUGGUGUUGGCCCAGGUUAUGGUCCAAGUGGAGUAGGAGUAGGCAUCGGUAGGAAACCUCCAAAACAGGGAGGUUUGGGUGGACUUGGCAUUGGAGUUGGUCCAGGAGGGACUGUUCCAGGAGGAGUAGGACCAGGUGGAGUUGGCCCAGGAGGAAUUGUUCCAGGUGGAGUUGGUCCAGGUGGAAUUGGUACAGGAGAAGUUGGACCAGGAGGAGUUGGGCCAGGUGGAGUUGGACCAGGUGGAGUUGGUCCUGGUGGAGUUGGCAUAGGUUAUGGUCCUGGUGGAGUAGGAGUAGGACUUGGUGGAAAAUCCAGAAAACUAGGUCCUGGUGGAGUCGGAUUUGGUCCUGGUGGAGCUGGAUUUGGUCCUGGUGGAGCUGGAUUUGGUCCUGGUGGAGCUGGCAUUGGUCCUGGUGGAGUUGGAUUUGGCCCUGGUGGAGCUGGAUUUGGCCCUGGUGGAGCUGGAUUUGGUCCUGGUGGAGUUGGAUUUGGCCCUGGUGGAGCUGGAUUUGGCCCUGGUGGAGCUGGGGUUGGUCCUGGUGGAGCUGGAGUUGGUCCUGGUGGAGCUGGAGUUGGCCCUGGUGGAGCUGGGGUUGGUCCUGGUGGAGCUGGAGUUGUUCCUGGUGGAGCUGGGUUUGGUCCUGGUGGAGCUGGAGUUGGCCCUGGUGGAGCUGGAAUUGGUCCUGGCGGAGCCGGGUUUGGUCCUGGUGGAGCACCUAUUUUGCCACAAACCGGAUUACCAGGUACUGGAACAGGCCCUGGCCGCAAACUUGGCAAGACAGGGAAGGCACCAGUACCAGGCAUUAGUGUUCCUGGGUUGUAUCAGGGUGGUAUUGUUCCUGGACAAGGUUUCGGUGGCCAAGGAGUUCUGCCAGGUGUAGCUACUGGAUCUCAGACUGCUCAGCUUGGUCAAGGUGGACUUGGGGCCAAUGGUGGUCGUGGGAGCUUUCCUGGACAACAGUUGCCAGGAGUGUUUCGUGGAUACCCUCUUAUUUCACCAAAGUCUGGAGGACCUGGCUCAGCUAAGUCUCAGGCUAAAGCUGCUAAAUAUGCAGCUGGGCUUGGUUUAGGAACUGGAAUAGGUGGUGUACCUGGGGCUGUUCCUGGAGCAGGUGCUGUAACUGGAGCAGGAGGUGUACCUGGUGCUGCACCUGGUGUAGGUGGUAUACCUGGUGUUGUUCCUGGAACAGGUGGUGUUCCUGGAGCAGGUGGUGUACCUGGUGCAGUACCUGGUGUAGGUGGUGUACCUGGUGUUGGUGCUGGUUCUGGAAGCUUAUAUCCCAGUGGUGCUGGUAUCUACCCAGGAGGUAUCGGUGUAGGUGGCCUACCUGGACUUGGAACUGGUGCUCUUCCUGGAUCUGGGCUUGGGACUGGUGGACUUCCAGGCUCUGGUCUGGGAGUUGGUGGACUUCCUGGAUCUGGUCUGGGAGCUGGUGGACUUCCAGGGUCUGGACUUGGAGUUGGGCGACUUCCUGGCUCUGGUGUUGGAGUUAGUCCUGGAGUUUCAGAUUAUGCUGCUGCCAAAGCACGAAAAUAUGCUCAGCUUGGUGGUCCUGGUGGGGCCUUAGGUGCUGGAGGAUUGCCAGGGGGUCUUGGGACUGGUGGGCUUUCUGGCUUGGGACUGGGAGCUGGUGCACUUCCUGGGUCUGGACUUGGAGCUGGUGCACUUCCUGGGUCUGGAGUGGGAGCUGGUGGACUUCCUGGGUCUGGAUUGGGAGCUGGUGCACUUCCUGGGUCCGGACUUGGAGCUGGUGCACUUCCUGGGUCCGGACUUGGAGCUGGUGGACUUCCUGGGUCUGGACUAGGAGCUGGUGCACUUCCUGGGUCCGGACUUGGAGCUGGUGGACUUCCUAGCUCUGGACUUGGUGCUGGUAGACUUCCUGGCACCGGUCUGGGAGUUGGUCCUGGAGUUUCAGAUUAUGCUGCCGCCAAAGCACGAAAAUAUGCCCAGCUUGGAGGUCCUGGUGGGGCCUUAGGUGCUGGAGGAUUUCCAGGAGGUCUUGGGACUGGUCAACUUCCUGGCUCGGGACUGGGAGCUGGUGCACUUCCUGGGUCUGGACUCGGAGCUGGUGGACUUCCUGGAUCUGGACUUGGAGCUGGUGGACUUCCUGGGUCUGGACUUGGAGCUGGUGGACUUCCUGGGUCUGGACUGGGAGCUGGUGGACUUCCUGGGUCUGGACUUGGAGCUGGUGGACUUCCUGGCUCUGGACUUGCAGCUGGUGGACUUCCUGGCUCCGGUCUGGGAGUUGGUCCUGGAGAUUAUGCUGCUGCUAAAGCACGAAAAUAUGCACAGCUUGGAGGUCCUGGUGGGGCUUUAGGUGCUGGAGGAUUGCCAGGAGGACUUGGAACUGGUGCACUUCCUGGCUCGGGACUGGGAGCUGGUGGACUUCCUGGAUCUGGUCUAGGAGCGGGGAGACUUCCUGGGUCUGGACUUGGAGCUGGUGGACUUCCUGGCUCUGGUGUUGGAGUUAGUCCUGGAGUUUCAGAUUAUGCCGCCGCCAAAGCACGAAAAUAUGCUCAGCUUGGAGGUCCUGGUGGGGCCUUAGGUGCUGGAGGAUUGCCAGGAGGUCUUGGAACUGGUAGACUUCCUGGGUCUGGACUUGGAGCUGGUGGACUACCUGGGUCUGGACUUGGAGCUGGUGGACUACCUGGGUCUGGACUUGGAGCUGGUGGACUUCCCGGGUCUGGACUGGGAGCUGGUGCAGUUCCUGGCACUGGAAUUGGAGCUGCUGGACUUCCUAGCUCUGGACUUGGAGCUGGUGCACUUCCUGGCUCUGGUCUGGGAGUUGGUCCUGGAGAUUAUGCUGCUGCCAAAGCAAGAAAAUAUGCUCAGCUUGGAGGUCCUGGUGGGGCUUUAGGUGCUGGAGGAUUGCCAGGAGGACUUGGAACUGGUGCGCUUCCCGGCUCGGGACUGGGUGCUGGUGGACUUCCUGGGUCUGGUCUGGGAGCUGGUGGACUUCCUGUCUCUGGUCUGGGAGGUGGGAGACUUCCUGGGUCUGGACUUGGAGCCGAUAGACUUCCUGGGUCUAGUUUGGGAGCUGGUGGACUUCCUGGCUCUGGUCUAGGAGCUGGUGGACUUCCUGGGUCUGGUUUUGGAGCUGGCGGACUUCCUGGGUCUGGGCUUGGAGCUGGAGGACUCCCUGGGUCUGGACUUGGAGCUGGUGGACUCCCUGGCUCUGGUGUUGGAGUUGGUCCUGGAGAUUAUGCUGCUGCCAAAGCACGAAAAUAUGCUCAGCUUGGAGGUCCUGGUGGGGCUUUAGGUGCUGGAGGAUUGCCAGGAGGACUUGGAACUGGUGUGCUUCCUGGCCUGGGACUUGGAGCUGGUGGACUUCCUGGGUCUGGACUUGGAGCUGGUGGACUUCCUGUGUCUGGUUUGGGAGCUGGUGGACUUCCUGGCUCUGGACUUGGAGCUGGUGGACUUCCUGUGUCUGGUUUGGGAGCUGGUGGACUUCCUGGCUCUGGUCUAGGAGCUGGGAGACUUCCUGGGUCUGGACUUGGAGCUGGUGGACUUCCUGUGUCUGGUCUAGGAGCUGGUGGACUUCCUGGCUCUGGUGUUGGAGUUGGCUCUGGAGAUUAUGCUGCCGCCAAAGCACGAAAAUAUGCUCAGCUUGGAGGUCCUGGUGGGGCUUUAGGUGCUGGAGGACUGCCAGGAGGACUUGGAACUGGUGCGCUUUCUGGCUCGGGACUGGGAGCUGGCGGACUUCCUGGAUCUGGUCUGGGAGCCGGGAGACUUCCUGGAUCUGGACUUGGAGCUGGUGGACUUCCUGUGUCUGGUCUGGGAGCUGGUGGACUUCCUGGCUCUGGUUUGGGAGCUGGUGGACUUCCUGGCUCUGGACUUGGAGCUGGUGGACUUCCUGGGUCUGGGCUUGGAGCUGGUGGACUCCCUGGAUCUGGACUUGGAGCUGGUGCUGGAGAUUAUGCUGCUGCCAAAGCACGAAAAUAUGCUCAGCUUGGAGGACCUGGUAGGGGUUUGAGUGCUGGAGGAUUGCCAGGAGGACUUGGAACUGGUGGGGUUCCUAGCUUGGGACUGGGAGGUGGACGACUUCCUGGGUCUGGUCUGGGAGUUGGUGGACUUCCUGGGUCUGGUCUGGGAGCUGGUGGACUUCCUGGGUCUGGUCUGGGAGCUGGGGGAUCUCUUGGGUCUGGUCUGGGAGCUGGUGCACUUCCUGGUUCUAGUCUGGGAGCUGGUGCACUUCCUGGGUCUGUGCUUGGAUCUGGUGGACUUCCUGGCUCUGGGCUUGGCCCUGGUGGACUUCCUGGCUCUGGGCUUGGCCCUGGAGGACUUCCUAGCUCUGGUGUUGGAGUUAGUCCUGGAGAUUAUGCUGCUGUGAAAGCACGAAAAUAUGCUCAGCUUGGAGGUCCUGGUGGGGCCUUAGGUGCUGGAGGAUUGCCAGGAGGACUUGGAACUGGUGGGGUUCCACGAAUGGGACUGGGAGCUGGUGGACUUCCUGGGUCUAUUCUGGGAGUUGGCGGACUUCCUGGCUCUGGUCUGGGAGCCGGUGGACUUCCUGGGUCUGGUCUGGGAUCUGGGAGACUUUCUGGGUCUGGACUUGGAGCUGGUGCGCUUCCUGGGGCUGGACUUGGAGCUGGUGGACUUCCAGUUUCAGGUGUUGGAGCUGGAGGAAUUCCAGCCUCUGGAGUUGGACCUGGAGGAUAUGCUGGAGCCAAAGCACGAAAAUAUGCUCAGCUUGGAGGACCUGGUGGGGCUUUGGGUGCUGGGGGAUUGCCAGGUGGAUUGCCAGGAGGAUUACCAGGGGGACUUGCAACUGGUGGUCUGGGAGGCAGUGGACUUGGAGGAGCUCUAUUGCCGGCUGGAGGAGUUGGAGGGCUCCUGGGUGGAGGACUUGGACCUGCUACUGGAACUGGCGGCCUUGGAGCUGGAAGUGUACCUGGUGCUGGCCUUGGACCUGGAGGUGUGGCAGGUGCUGGCCUUGGACCUGGAGGGUAUGCUGGAGCCAAAGCUCGCAAAUAUGGAUUCCCAGGGGGGACCGGUGGGACUGCAGGAGCAGGAUUACCUGGAGGAUUGGGAGGGGUGGCUGGUGGUGGAUUAGGGCCAGGAGUACCAGCUGGUGGUCUUGGUGCUGGAGUGGCACCAGGAGGUGGAGUAGGAACUGGAGGUGUACCAGCUGGAGGCUAUGGGCCUGGUGGAGUACCUGGGGGAUAUGGUCCUGGUGGAGUACCUGGGGGAUAUGGUCCUGGUGGAGUACCUAGUGGCUAUGGUACAGGAUAUGGACCAGGUUCAAAAGCUGCUAAAUACGGGCAAUUAGGAGCAGGAGGAGCACUUGGCAGUGGAACAGGAGGAGUACUUGGCACUGGACAGGCUGUGCCAGGGGGCUUUGGAGGUGCAGUUCCUGGUGCAGUUCCUGGCAGUGGACCAGGCACUGGCCUUGGAAGCUAUGGAGGAUACGGACCAGGGGGUAAACCACCUAAAUAUGGUCAACCUGGUUUUGGAACUGGGACUGUGUUAGGUGGAGCCGGGUCAGUGCCUGGUGUUGUUGGAGCAGGAACCACAGCGACUGGAGUAGGGAGUGGAAUUGCAACUGGUGCAGCCGUUGGUGGGGCAGGAGGGGUACCAGUGACUGGAAGCAAGGCAGACAAAUAUGAUGUUCCAGGCAUCAUAGGAGGAGCAAUAGGAGGAACAGGAGCUCCAGGGAGUGUACCAACACCAUCCACAGGUCAGAGGACCAUAACAGAUGAUGAUGGAGGUUUCAGGACCGGUAAUGACACUACAGAAGGACCAGGUGCUACAAAGGCCCCUAAGUUGGGGGAAACUGGCGGAGUCAUAGAGGGAUCUGGAAACUCUGUUGGUGGUGUUCUAGGUGAAGGCGUUAGUGUUGGCCCUAUCGAUGGGGAUGGACUUGAUGGAGUUACUGGGACAGGAAUACCCAUUCUAGCUGGCAGUAAACCAGGUGGAACAGGAGGGCCGAUACCAGAAACUGGAACAAGAAUCGGUGACAUUGGUCAACUUCAGCCAUCAGGUGGCAGAUUAGGCGAUGUUCUACCAGGAGCCAAACCUCUGAAACCGCCAGGUGGUGUCAUACCUGGGCGUGGCGAUACUCCGGGUAGAAUUAUCGAUGAGACAAGGGGAACUAGCAUUGGAGUUGGUGGAGUUGAAGGUGGCCUAGGCGGAGUUGGCGGAGGGCCAGGCGGAGUGGAUGGGAGUCGAGGUGCAGUUGGAGGAGGGCCAGGUGGAGUUGGAGGAGGGCCAGGUGGAGUUGGAGGAGGUCCAACCAUAAUUGGAGGAGGGCCAGGCGGAGUUGGAGGAGGGCCAGGUGGAGUUGGAGGAGGGCCAGGCGGAGUUGGAGGAGGUCCAGGUGGAGUUGGAGGAGGUCCAGGUGGAGUUGGAGGUGGGCCAGGCGGAGUUGGAGGUGGGCCAGGUGGAGUUGGAGGAGUUCCAGGUGGAGUUGGAGGUGGGCCAGGUGGAGUUGGAGGAGGACCAGGUGGAGUUGGAGGAGGACGAGAUGGAUUGAGUACCAGUCCUGCAGGCGGAACAGUUAAGCCCCCCAAAGGAUACAUUAGUACAGGUGGAGGACUCCUUGCUGGCACUGGAGGCCCAGGUGGAGUGAUAGGGCCUGGAGUAACAACAGGAACUGGCUUUUUACCUGGAAGCAGCAGUCUAUUGCCAGGAGGCACAGGAGCAGGAACUGGAGGUUAUGGUACGGUGGGAGGUUUAGGUACCAGCAGCCUUCUUCCAGUAAAUGGUAUAAGAUUUCCAAGCGGAGCUGCUGUAGGUAGCAAAGGUCCUGGAUACGGACCUGGAAAGCCAGCCAAAAGCUACUGGGGAACUGGAACACAGGGUGGACUGGGAGGCCCAGGAGGAGCUGGAGGAGUUCCUGGAGGUGUUGGCACUGGUCUAGGAGGAGUUGGUGGAGGUCAAGGAAGCAUUGGUGGAGGACCUGGUGCAGUUGGAGGUGGCCUGGGUGGUCAAGGAGGAGGUUUGGGCUACCCGGCCGGGGCGGGACUAAGAGCUGGGAAACCUGGCAAAUCAGGACUUGGCAGUUUAGGUGGAGCGGGAGGCCUAGGACUUGGAGGUACAGGUGGGGCUUUAGGAGGAGGUCCUGGUGGUGUAGGUGGAGGGCUAGGAGGCAUAGGAGGAGGACUUGGUGUCCCAGGUCAGAUCUACCCAGGCGGUGCUGGACUAGGAGCUGGAUUUGGGAAGCCUGGUAAAUCAGGGUAUGGCACCGGUGCCUUGGGGGGUCGAGGUUACCUGCCAGGUGGUGGAGUGCCCGGAUACGGUGGCGCUGGUGCGGGCGGCUACCAGCAGCCGAUCCCAGGUUAUGGUGGAGUUGGACCAGGAGGAGCUGGAAGUGCACCACUUACACCUCAACAAUAUAAAGCAGCCAAAUAUGCGGCUCUCCAGGGUGCUCUAGGUGCUGGAGGCUACAGAGGAGGUGCUGGGUGCCAAGGUAAAUACUGCGGGAGGAGGAGGAAAUGAGAGCCCUGCAACGAGAAGUGACCUCAUGACCAAGUGGUGCUACUGCAAAACAUAAUUUCGGAUGUACUUUUUCAUUUCCAGCAGGAGAAAAAUAAACAUCUUCCCGCUCAAAGUGCACCUCGUGACACAAGACAAACGUGCAGCGUUACUCUGUACAUACUGUAGCUUUGAUCCCAGGUCGGAGGCAGUAUGCACUUGCCCCGUAAACCCCAAGUUUAUUUCACACACACUUAAAAGGCAGGCUUCGUUCCAGUACCCAAGGGUUCGGCAAGUUCACUGCAACCUCACUAUACAUUACAUUAGCUAGACGUUUUCCCAGGCAACACAAAAACACCAGGACUCCCUGGCUACACCUCAGCCUGUCAGCCUUCACUUUCACUUCCAUAACUGCAUAUUUAGUCAUGCUGUAUGGGGAGAUGUUGCUGCUAUGUACUGUAACGGACAAACUGUGAUAGUAAUAUCAAGUUGUCUUUAAGCUAAGUGGUUCAGGCCACCUCAUCACCUAAUUUAACACUUGCUUUUCUCUCUUUUUUUUAUUAUUUUUUUUCCAUGGUGCCAUAUAUAUAUUGUUUUUUUCUAUUAAGGCACGCUCCUCAUAGAUGUCGGUGUGUUUGCCAUGUGCAUUUACAUUGUAUUGAACAAACGGUACGUUCUGCUGUAGGAAGCAUGUGAUCAAAGUACUGAGGAAUGCAAGUUCAUGACACCUCAGGAUAUUACGGUAGUUCUCAUCUAGCUUUUGAAAUAGUGAGAUCUGAAAUUUUCUUUCUUUCACUUACAUUUCAUUAAAUUAAUUCAUUGUAUUUUGGAUUUUUUUUAUUUUUUAUCCUUACGCAUUUAUCCUUAGCAGUGUCCGAGUUUGUGUGAUUUCUCACCAUUUUUUUUGUUUGUUUCUUUGUUUGUUUACAUUUGUGAAUCAUGUAUCAGUAUUUCAAAAAGAAACCUGAGAUAAUGGGAAUGAUGGUUCAUUUACCGAAUCUUAUUCAUUACCAGCAGGUUUGCAAUGUUUACCUUUCGAUUUAAACCUUGGAAAUCCUAUACAACUCUUUUCAUGUGAUGUAUUUUAUAUAUAUUUUUUGUUUUAAACUAAAUAACAAAAUAAAGGAUAUUAAAGAU